AUUUUCUAUGCGGUGACGUCCCUGGAACCGGGACACAUUAUACAUCUACCAAUGUGGUUUUAGCCGCUCAUUAACUGUAACGGGCAAGUUUCACUGUUUUGACUGUCUCCGCAAAUUGUCAGGAGAGUUACAUGUAACUCAAUGUUGUAAUCGCCGGUCAAUAGGCCAAAUGGUUAAAGAGGAAGCGCCGUGUUAUUGCAAUAUAUGCUUGGUGGGUGGGUCUUAAAUGCCAGCGCCAAUGAAACGAAUAGAAUGAGCUGUAUAAAAGACGGGGACGUUUCAGUUUCAUGUAAUAUAAUAGCCAUUUAUCACCGUUGUGCAAAAGUGUGGUGGAACUAGAAUUACAGGGAACUGUCGUGGUUCGUUCGAUUUGAGUGGCAUAAUCAUAUAUUUCUGUAGACAACUACGCGCGAGGUUGUUCCUCAACGCAUCGUUCAGAAUGGCUGGGCUGGUGAGUAGCAGAGGGUGUCACAAAAUCAGGGGUUCCCAAAUAAGAGAGCUCCUCGACUCCAAGCUCAACGUCCUUUUUGAUUGCGACGGAGUCAUCUGGAAUGGCGAAACGGUAGUGGCAGGCGCGCCAGAAGUGGUGACGCUACUGAAACAGCAAGGCAAAAAGGUAUUUUUCAUCACCAACAACUGUACUAGGCCCAGAGCGAGCUACGUGACGAAGUUUAUCCGGUUGGGCUUCACUGAUGUCGCAGAGGAGGAGAUCUUCAGCUCGGCGUACUGCUCUGCGGCUUAUCUGCGAGACGUGGCGAAGUUGCAGGGUAAGGUGUAUGUCAUAGGGUGCCAGGGCGUUGUGAAGGAGCUACGGGAGGCUGGGGUUCCCAUAGUGGAGGAGGACACCAACGCACCCACUGGGACCAUUUACGACUACCCGUUGGACCCAGAAGUAAAGGCAGUGCUGGUGGGAUAUGACGAGAAAUUUGAUUUCAUAAAACUGGCCAAAGCCUGCUGCUACUUACAGAAUACUGAGUGCCUGUUUCUGGCCACUGACCCUGACCCUUGGCACCCACUGCGAGGAGGCAGAAUAACACCAGGUUCAGGAAGCCUCACGGCCGCUGUGGAGACAGCCAGCAGCAGGAAAGCCACGGUGAUCGGGAAGCCCAGCUGCUUCAUGUUCGAGUGCAUCGCCAGCCAGUUCAACCUGGACCCCGGCCAGUCCCUCAUGGUGGGUGACCGCCUGGAGACUGACAUCCUGUUUGGGGCUAACUGUGGCCUGGACACCAUGCUCACCCUGACCGGAGUGUCCACUCUAGAGGAGGCGCACGGCUACAAGGACAGUGACGACCCCGAGCGGAAGGACUUCGUGCCAGAUUACGUGGUGGAGACCAUUGCCGAUUUCAUUGAAGCGUAUGAAGAGGAGGAAGGCUGAGGAGGACUAUAGAAAGAGGAGACCCCUGAAGCUGUGCCUGAGAGACCUGGGUCAUGUUCAUUAGAGUACGCAACGGAAAGCGUUUUAAACCGCUUUGCAACGGAAAGUGAAAAUUCCCUCCCUGUUUCAAUCCAUUUGGUGCCUAAUGAACACGACCCUGGAUAUAUCAGAAAAGGGAUUAGUUUGGUGGUGUUAUAAGCAGUCAUUUGUAAAGCCUUUAAGAAGUCAGUGUGAUGUGUUAUAGUGCUUGCUACAGGCAUGCUGUGCUUUUUAUGCUGAUAAUCUUUGUCAUGAGGCAUGUAAAGAUGUGGCAUAACAUUUUGGAAAUGUUUUUGCAAUUUACAUGCUUAUGGCAAGUGAUGAUGACAUUGACCAGGAUGCAAUCAGAGAUGCGUUGUAGACGAGCCCAUUUCACUACAAUGAAGAUCGCGUUCACGGUAAAACGCUGAAGAUGUCGACUCAUGAGGAAAUUAUCUUUUAAAUGUCAAGCACUGUGCACUUGUAUACAACAUGUCUUUGAUUGAGUCCAGGCCAUUGUGUAGUAUUUUGGAAAGCUUUAUGAAUGGUGGCAUAAGACCACCUGGAACAUUAUAUACUGACACCAAUAAUGCAGUGUGAGACUCCACCUGGUUGUAGUUCCUAGUGUUCAUUAUUUGGGACAUUUAUUGGUGUAGUAGGAAUGUCUUUGGUUGUACUGUAGUAUAUCAUAGACGUCACCAUAUGAGCCCAAUAUACAAGCUGUUCUAUUUUCCUUGAGACCAUCCAGUGUUGAAAUGGAUAGGGAUCCAUCAAAGCCAAUCCUAACACCCAACGUAAAUGGACUGAAGUCAUCUAAACUCACAGAACCAACUGUGCUGUUCCACAGUCAAAACAGAAGAUAAUGUAAGCUGAAAGCUUCCCUUGCAGCACCUUUAGUAUACCAAACCAAAUACUGUGUUAGGUUUGAAUCCAACAACUGGUAUACUAAACCAAAUGUUGUUUUUGGAGCCAACUGUCCAACAUUUAGCUCUGGAUAUAUGGAAAUAUGGCUGGAGAAUUGUUUUGAUGGAAAUAUGGAUAAAAUCCUUGGUUUGAUAUUGGUUAGUUUUCCCACCAAGUCAAACCUUUGUUAAUGUGUGCCAGCAGCCUUGCUGUAGUUUUGGAUCCUUUGGUCAAUGAAUCCUUGACUGUAACAAAUAUGACAUGGAAAAUGUUCUCACUUCUCACCAUUCUAAAGAACAGAGCUUACGAGUGGUCCUGAAUUGAUCAUUACCAACAAUGAAAUGUGUAGGACUGUAUGUAGAUCUAAUUACCUUUUGAUAAGCCUUCUACUGAUCUAUUCUACAAGUAAUAAUAUUUGAAUAGAACUCCAAGUGAUAAUAAUGUUCAAUGAACUGAAAUGUGAAUUUGCAGUGGAAAAAUUGUACAGUAGUUUGGUAUUUGAAAGUCAAAAAGGAACUAGUAUGUUCCUUAACCAUACCACUGUAGAAUGUUAAAUUGCUGAAAUGUUAACUAUUAGGUGUAUUUGGGAACUGGAUUUUCAAUGUUUUUUUUAUCGACAGGUGGUUAUUAACCUGAAGAAGGGUGUGUGGAUUUCAGUCAGGGUAAUCACAAGAAUGGCAGACAAACAUUAUUUUAAUUGAGGGUAUCACCAUUUUUUUAUCAGUCUUUUUACUUAGCUGGAGGUUGUGCUAGAAUUUUAUUGUAAGACUUAAGACACAUUUUCAUACUGUAGAUGAAGUACCUAUUUCAAUGGAAUGCCAACCUGUUUUGUAUGAACUUCAUAGACAUUCUGCAUAUUGUGAAUUAGGUUUGCACAUUACUUAAUGUAGUGUACAAUUGCAUUUUGUUUUUUGUUUUUUAAUUAAAACUCUUGCUUUGUAUAA